AUGUCAAUUACAUUAACUGCAAAAAACAAAAUCGGAUUUGUUGAUGGCUCCAUCUUGAAACCAACCGCUUCUUCUUCUCAAUUUUCCUCUUGGAUUCGAUGUAAUAAUAUGGUCUUGUCCUGGCUACUUAAUUCUUUAUCCAAAGAAAUUGCCGCUAGUGUGAUCUAUGAAGAUUCUGCAAUGGCAAUGUGGUGCGAUCUCAAAUAUCGAUUUUCUCAAGCCAACGGACCUCGUAUCUUCCAAUUACAGAAGGCUAUUGCUUUUCUUACACAAGAUAACCUCACGGUUAGUGCAUAUUUUACACAAAUAAAAGGAUUAUGGGAUGAGUUACUCAAUUACAGGCCAUUGCCAUCUUGUUCAUGUGGUGCUCUACGAUCCUUAUCUGAUCUCCAACAACAAGAUUAUGUUAUGUGUUUCCUUAUGGGACUAAAUAAUCGAUACUCUCACAUUCGAGGUCAGAUUCUGUUAAUUGAUCCUCUUCCUUCAGUUAACAAAUUUCUCUCUCUUAUUCUUCAAGAAGAAAGACAAAGAGACAUUGGAUCUUUCAUGAUCCCUUCCAUUCCUUUUGCUGCUUUGUCUUCAAGCAGAAUUGGCAAAUCCUCUGUUGGCAAUAAUGCUUCUAUUCGAAAGGAUAGACCUCUAUAUUCUUAUUGUGGAUUGCAAGGUCACACUGUUGGCAAAUGCUUUAAACUUCAUGGAUAUCCACCAGGAUAUCGUGUUAAAGCCAGAUCCUCAACUCCUUAUGCUAACCAAGCAGUCUCCAAUGAUUCCAAUUUAUCUCUACCUCUUUCUCAUACACAGUGUCAACAACUUUUGGCACUUCUCAAUCCUGAGUCUUUUGCUCCUACUCAUUAG